CGCGCCGGAUCCGGCACAUCCGGGUUCGCACUGUCUGAGCGUCGCGCGUCCCGACCCGGUCUUUGGGACCCUGGGCUCCGGCUAGUGACUGGCCAUGUCGCUGUCCCACCUGUAUCGGGACGGGGAAGGCCACAUGGAUGACGAUGAGUAUGAGCGGGAGAACUUCGAGAUCACUGAUUGGGAUCUGCAGAAUGAGUUCAACCCCAACCGGCAGCGCCACUGGCAGACCAAGGAAGAGGCCAUCUACGGAGUGUGGGCAGAGCGAGACUCGGAUGAAGAGAGGCCCAGCUUUGGAGGCAAACGGGCCCGUGACUACUCCGCGCCCGUCAACUUCAUCAGCGCGGGGCUCAAGAAAGCGGCCGCCGAGGAGGCGGAGCUGCAAGAUUCCGACGAUGAAGAGAAACCUGUGAAACAGGAUGAAUUUCCUAAGGAUUUCGGACCAAAGAAGUUAAAAACGGGUGGCAAUUUUAAACCCAGCCAGAAAGGUUUUGCUGGAGGAACCAAAUCUUUCAUGGAUUUUGGCAGUUGGGAAAGACAUACAAAAGGAAUUGGACAGAAGCUUCUUCAGAAGAUGGGCUACGUCCCUGGAAGGGGCCUCGGGAAGAACGCACAAGGUAUCAUCAACCCCAUCGAAGCCAAGCAGAGGCAGGGGAAAGGCGCCGUGGGCGCAUACGGCUCCGAGCGCACCACUCAGUCGCUGCAGGACUUCCCCGUGGCCGACUCGGAAGAGGAAGCCGAGGAGGAGUUUCAGAAGGAGCUGAGCCAGUGGAGGAAAGACCCCAGCGGAAGCAAGAAGAAGCCCAAAUACUCUUACAAGACGGUGGAAGAGUUGAAGGCCAAGGGCAGGAUUAGUAAGAAGCUCACCACUCCCCAGAAGGAGCUUUCCCAGGUCAAGGUCAUAGACAUGACCGGCCGGGAGCAGAAGGUCUACUACAGCUACAGUCAGAUCAGCCACAAGCACAGCGUGCCUGACGACGGGCUGCCGCCGCCGUCCCAGCAGUUGCCCCAGCCCGGCAGGGAGGCCAAGGCUCCCGGCUUCGCGUUGCCGGAGCUGGAGCACAACCUGCAGCUGCUCAUCGAGCUCACGGAGCAGGAGAUCAUCCAGAAUGACCGGCAGCUGCGGUACGAGCGCGACAUGGUGGUCAACCUGUCCCACGAGCUGGAGAAGAUGUCGGAGGUCCUGGAGCACGAGGAGCGGGCCAUCUCCAACCUCAGCAAGGUCCUGGAGCUGGUGGAGGAGUGCGAGCGGCGCAUGCAGCCCGGCUGCAGCCAUCCGCUCAGCCUGGACGAGUGCGCCCGCACCUUCGAAACUCUGCAGGCCAAGUACUACGAGGAGUACCGCAUGUCCGACCGCGUGGACCUGGCCGUGGCCAUCGUCUACCCGCUCGUGAAGGAGCACUUCAAGGAGUGGGAUCCCCUCAGAGACUGUACUUACGGCACCGAGAUCAUCUCCAGGUGGAAAAGCCUCCUAGAGAAUGACCAGCUCCUGUCUCACGGUGGGCAGGACCUGUGCUCAGAUGCCUUUCACAGGCUAAUAUGGGAGGUCUGGAUGCCUUUCGUUCGAAACAUUGUCAGCCAGUGGCAACCGAGGAACUGUGAGCCGAUGGUGGACUUUCUGGAUAGCUGGGUGCACAUCAUCCCCGUGUGGAUCCUGGAGAACAUCCUGGACCAGCUCGUCUUCCCCAAGCUGCAGAAGGAGGUGGAGAACUGGAACCCGCUGACGGACACCGUCCCCAUCCACUCCUGGAUCCACCCGUGGCUCCCCCUCAUGCAGGCGCGCCUGGAGCCGCUGUACGCCCCCAUCCGCAGCAAGCUGUCCAGUGCCCUGCAGAAGUGGCACCCCAGCGACUCCUCGGCCAAGCUCAUCCUCCAGCCCUGGAAAGAUGUCUUCACGCCUGGCUCCUGGGAGGCAUUCAUGGUCAAGAACAUAGUGCCCAAGCUGGGGAUGUGUCUUGGAGAGUUAGUCAUUAACCCUCACCAGCAACACAUGGACGCUUUUUACUGGGUCAUCGACUGGGAGGGGAUGAUCUCCGUCUCCAGCCUGGUGGGGCUUCUUGAAAAGCACUUCUUCCCCAAGUGGCUUCAGGUGCUGUGCUCCUGGCUCAGUAACAGCCCAAAUUACGAGGAGAUCACCAAGUGGUACCUGGGCUGGAAGUCCAUGUUCUCAGACCAAGUGCUGGCACACCCGUCCAUCAAGGACAAGUUCAAUGAAGCACUUGAUAUCAUGAACAGGGCGGUGUCCUCCAAUGUGGGUGCCUACAUGCAGCCCGGAGCGCGGGAGAACAUCGCCUACCUCACCCACACGGAGCGGAGGAAGGACUUCCAGUACGAGGCAAUGCAGGAGCGGCGGGAGGCCGAGAACAUGGCGCAGAGGGGCAUUGGCGUGGCCACUAGCUCCGUGCCGAUGAACUUCAAGGACCUCAUCGAGACCAAGGCCGAGGAGCACAACAUCGUCUUCAUGCCCGUCAUCGGGAAGCGACACGAAGGGAAGCAGCUCUACACCUUCGGCCGUAUCGUCAUCUAUAUUGACCGGGGAGUGGUGUUCGUCCAGGGCGAGAAGACCUGGGUGCCCACCUCCCUGCAGAGCCUGAUUGACAUGGCCAAGUAGGCCGCCAGGCAGGCCUGGACCUGAUGGGGACACGUUUGUGAAUAAACAGUGUUUUAAACCACCUU